CUUUAUAUUUUAUGAGUCUAAAAAGGAUGAAUGUUUAACUCUUGAGUGGUUAUUCAAAGUAUUAAGUAUGUGUAUAUAUUAGACAUAUGGCUAAUUAUUUAUCUGGUUAAUCUGGUUUGGCUGGUUAGGAGUGUCUGAAACCAAACCAAACCACCUAAACUAAACAAGCUAAGAACUUUAACCAAACCAAACAAUUAUCCAAAUUAUCCAAAUAGUACUUGUUAAAACAAUUGCCAUGGUAACCACACCGUUUUAACACCCUAAAUUUUACACGAUUUUCACCGACGGGGAGAAGAGAAGUUGAGGGGUAGAAUGAGAAAACUCAGAAAUUCACUGACCUAGCUUGGUAGAAAAAAUAAAACAGAAACCUUAUCCCGCCGGCGGGAGUUGGGGGAUAGUUCUAACUCCCGACGUCUUCAGGAGCGACGGCGAUGGCCGAUGGUCGAUCCGCCUCUCAUUCGCCAUCCCCUUUUCCUUAUUGGUAAAGACGAUCUCGGCGAUGACGAUUAUUCCCGUUAUUCGCAGCCCUCUUCCUCUGUCAAAGCUCGGUGCUUUCUUCUCAAUUGGCCCAUCCUUUCUCCAUUCUCUCGCCGCCGCAACCCAUCCUCUCCCGCCGCCGCCAUCACCACCACGACCGCCUUCUUGUGACAUUAUCCAAGACCACGACCUUCUCUGUAAGAGCCAGCACGCCUCAGGAACCGGCCUCCAUGUGCUGGACCUCAUCGACGGUGGGGCUCUUGAACCCGACCGCUCUCUCUACCACGCCCUCCUCAAGAAGUGUACCCGUCUCGGUAAGCUCGCGGAAGGAAGGAUUGUUCAUACCCACUUUCUCAAUUCCCGAUUCAGUCGCGAUUCGGUGCUCCUCACCACCCUCAUCAAUCUCUACGCCAAAUGCGGCUCCUUGGAUGAUGCUCGUCAGGUGUUCGACAGAAUGCCCAACAGACGAGAUAUCGUGGCCUGGACUGCCCUCAUUGCUGGAUUUUCGCAACGUGAUCAGCCUAGAGAUGCACUUCUUUUGUACCGACAGAUGGUCGGCCUAGGCAUACUCCCUAAUGAGUUCACAUUGGCCAGUGUCUUGAAGGCUGCUUCUGGUUUGGGUCCCGCUGCCGAUGCUAUUAUCCAUGGUAUGCAACUACAUUCUACUGCUUUGAAGUUUGGUUAUGUUUCGGAUGUUUUCGUGGGCAGUGCUCUGUUAGACAUGUACGCUAGAUGUGAACAUAUGGACGAGGCCCAGGUUAUAUUUUAUCAUUUAAGAAGCAGAAAUGAAGUGUCUUGGAAUGCUUUGAUUGCUGCCCAUGCCAGGAAAGGCGAGGCCGAGCAUGCUUUUCUCUUGUUCUCCAACAUGCUUCGGGAGAAUGUUCAACCCACUCAGUUCACUUACUCCAGUGUCCUGAAUGCUUGUGCUGUCGUUGGUUCUUUGGAGCAGGGCAAGUGGGUCCAUGCCGUUUUGGUCAAAUCGAAAGCAGACCUCGUUGGUUUUGUUGGUAACACAUUGCUCGACAUGUAUGCUAAAUCAGGUAGCAUUGAGGAAGCGAAGAAGGUUUUCGAUAGGCUGACUAAACGAGACAUUGUUUCCUGGAAUACAUUACUCAAAGGGUACGCCCAGCAUGGAUCCGGAGACAUAGCCCUACAGACUUUCGACAAAAUGUUGAGGAUUGGGAUCCCCCCCAACGAUAUAACCUUCCUCUGUGUUCUUACAGCUUGUAGCCAUGCAGGACUAGUGGGUGAAGGGCUCAAUAUCUUCAAUCAGAUGAAGAAGUAUAAGAUAGAGCCUCAAGUAUCACACUAUGUGACGAUUGUUGAUCUCCUCGGUCGAGCUGGCCAGCUUGACCGAGCCAAGAAGUUCAUCGAGGAAAUGCCAAUUGAGCCUACGGCCGCUGUUUGGGGAGCACUGCUUGGUGCUUGUAGGAUGCAUAAGAAACCAGAACUGGGUGCUUAUGCUGCUGAGCGUAUUUUCGAGCUUGAUCCUCGUGAUCCCGGUCCCCAUAUGCUGCUCUACAACAUCUAUGCCUCUGCUGGUAGAUGGGUAGAAGCUACUAAAGUUAGAAAGAUGAUGAAAGAGAGUGGUGUGAAGAAGGAACCGGCUUGCAGUUGGGUGGAGAUUGAGAAUGAGGUCCAUGUGUUUGUGGCAGAUGACGAUUCCCACCCGGAUUUGGAAGAAAUUCAUGCAAUGUGGGAGAAUGUUAGGUGUAAGAUCAAGCAGAUUGGAUAUAAACCGGAUGCUAACCAUGUGCUUUUGUGCUUGGACCAGAGGGAGAGGGAGGUGAAGCUGCAGCAACAUAGCGAGAAGCUUGCUCUGGCAUUUGCCCUUCUUAAUACGCCACCUGGAUCCACGAUUCGUAUCAAGAAGAAUAUCAGGGUUUGUGGAGACUGCCAUUCUGCAUUCAAGUUUGUGUCGAAGGCAUUAAAUAGAGUGAUUGUUGUAAGGGAUACCAAUAGGUUCCAUCAUUUUCGUGAAGGUUUUUGUUCGUGUCGAGAUUACUGGUGAAGGUUGAAAGGCAUAUUCGGCCUUCUAUAUGGAAUGAUUGAAAUAAGUUUAUUAGUAUGAAUGGUGGAUUUUGCUUCUUGCUUGGCUGUGAAAUGGUUGGAAUCGGACUAGAACCACAUGGGGGAAUGAGGGGGUCUUUCGAGCUCCUCUAGCUGAAAAGAAGCUGGCGGUGGCUUGGGGUGCAAGAAAAGAUGACGGUGGGUGGCCUGAUCAAAUUAUGAGCUGAAUUAUGUAAGCCGCCCAUAAUUCAAAAAUUAUAGACGGUUCAUUCUGUAUUUUAUUACGUAAGGUCCAAGUCGGUGACAGAACCAUCAACCUUCCAGCCCUCGCCUCUGCCGGCCGGCGCAGCCAUCGGCCAUCCAUGGGAGCGAACGCAAUUGUGGAAAACAUAAUCACAGCAAUUUCUGCAUCAUUUUUUCUGAUUGUUAUCUAUCGAAUUGCUGCUUCCCUGAAGUCGAGACACCUUCGCCAGACUGAACUAGAGGAGGUAUGCAAUUGGCUGUCUCAUCCUCGUCUUCAUGGAUUGUCGGUGUCUUUGUCCUUCGUCAAUUUUAGUUGAUUGCCUGCAUCUAACAUUAUAAGCCAGCGCUACUGAGUGAUCAUUGACUGAUUGCAGAUUGAGAUGUUAUAUGAUAUGUUGUCUAUUGCCUUGGAGGUAGUGAAUGUAACAAAUGACUUGGGGAACCAAGUCCAGCUUUGAUUUAAAAAAACUGGGUUUUGGUUUGUAAUUAAGAAAGUUGUAAGGAGAUAUACAACGAUCAGUUUGCUUAUUGAGCAGAAAACAUUGACAGGUGGAGGAUGAGAAAGGCGCGCUUGUGCUUAACACCUACUGCUGCGGUAGAGAACAACAGCAACAAAGUGGAGGGUGAGUUACUGGAAGAUGUACUGAUUGAAAUCCUAUCUCGGCUGACUGUGAGAACUCUGUCACAGCUCAAGUCCAUCUGCAGAUGCUGGAAGGAUAUCAUUGAAAGUCCCAUUCUUGUUUCUAUGUAUCUCAAAAACUACACCAAAAACCCAGCAGCUAGUGAUGUCUUCCAGACGGUAAUGUACCAGACUGAUAGAAAAAAGGUGGUGGUACAACUUUUUCCAGAUGGUGAUGUAUCACCAAGUCCUUGAAACGGGAAUUCCCAGUAAUCCCAAUAAACCCAUUAUGCUCCCUUGUACUGGUUGGACCCUGCAAUGGCAUAUUUUUGCUAGGAGAUUAGGGUGGUCGUACUCGCGUAUAUAAGCUGUGGAAUCCAGCUACUGGCUCAUAUAGGGUAGUGCCUGUGCCCGAAACAAGGGGUGGAAGCACCACCUCUCCGGCUCUCCCCCUGCUAUCAAUGGUUGCGAAUUUGACAGCUGUGGGUUUGGAUUUGAUACAGUUGCUAAGUGAUGGUGUAUUCGCUUGGCACUGAUACUUAGAAGGAGUUAGAAGAGCUCCGCCAUCAAGUUGAGAUAGUUAGGCAGAGGAAAAGUUGUAGGUACUUGAAUGGGUUCUGUUUCUGGCUAUGUGUGUCUCCUGUCGCGGUGCUUGCCUUCAACCUCUGGAAAGAUUGUGUUCCAUGUGAUACAAGAUCCUGUCUUUGUCCCAAUCCCUGACCGUGACCGGAAUGAUGAUGGUUAUGUGUAUGCUGAUGAUUAUGAGUACGAUGAUUCUAGAUAUAUCGAUGCCCUGAAGCAGCUUAUUGUGUAUAAGGAUUCGCUUGCUUUAUUCAUAAUCAGGGGAGCUGGAAGUAUGAUAUGUGGUUGCUGAGUGAUGAUACUGGGUUCUUAUUCAACCCUGCUACUGGAGCAGCUAAGCUUAGGGUUAAUAUCCUUAUGGUGUUUUCACAUGGAAAGAUAGUUUGGUCUCUCCAGGUGAGAAGAUAUUACGUUGACAUGGACAAUGAUUAAAAGCUUAGCAGGUUG